AUGGCGACGAAAGAAAGAAAUGAGCUUUUCGAAAUCAUAUCCUUAUAUAGUGAGACCAAUGACUCUGACGCUCAAGGUUCCACCUCUGAGCCCUCGGAGGAUGAUAUCUCGGAAAUAAGUGAAGACCGCGAGUUCGUGGUGUCGGAUGAAGAUCAAUCACCCUAUUCAAACGGAUCCUCGUCUUCCGACUACAGCCAGCACUGCCACCAUAUGCAUGACAAUGACUUUUCUGAUCCUAUUGGCUAG